AUGGUUGACAUUAUUAAACUGUGUGCGUUCUCAGAAAAGAAGCAGUACAGGGAGUCAUAUAUCAGCGAUGCUCUGGAGGCGGACAUGGAUCAUUUGGAGCAGCGUUCACGUGCCAGCGGCAGCAGUGCAGGCAGCACGUCACGACCCAAUCCCUUUUCACGACACUCCACCACGAGUCAUGGCAGCUCCCGCACAUCCGGCGUCGACACUGACAGUUUCCGAACACCUACCAACACACCCCACCGACCGCUGAGAACACACUCGUCUUCCAACACCAGUCAUGCCAGCACACGCACAUCUGGCAUCGAGAGCAGCAGCAAGGAGCACUGCCUGGAUGAAGAUGAGAUUGAGAUGCUGGUUGAUGAUCCGAAAAGUUGUGAAGAUCUUCACGAUUUAGAUCUAAACCAGGAACUGUGUAUUCACAUCACAGAGGACAUGCUGUCAGCACAGAACAACGGAUGCUCUGGGUUAGUGGUGAAGGAAGUCAGUUCUUCCACAUCCAGCUCAUCAGAGACCGUCGUGAGAAUGAGGGGCCAGAGCAUCGAAUGUCUUCCCCAGACGGCGAUGGGCAGGAAGGGCCAGAGCUCCGCAGACCGGCACAGCCAGUCACUGGAUGAUGUUCGUCUGUUCCAGAGGAACUGUCAGGAGUGGGCGGAGCUUUGCCAGGACACUGCACAUAGCUAUACAUUUGGCUGUGAGCCAGACCUCGGGGACACGGUCGGCUGCGGGUACCAGGGACUUGCAGAUCAGUGCGCAGGCAUCCGGAAUAACCAGCAUGCGUUUCCCAUCAAGAGAACCAGCAAGUAUUUUUCUCUGGAUCUGGACAGAGAAGAUCUGACCACAGAACACUUGACCACCGAAGCAGAACCAGAGUUCGUGGUUUAAGGCAGAGAGUAUUGAAAAGAGCCCCAGAACAAAUUAAAAGGAUAGUAAAUGGAAAAAAGAGAAAUUCUGUUAUUUACUAACUGUCAUGUCGUUACAAGCCCAGCUUACUUUCUUCUGUGGAACACAAAAAGAGAAAUUCUGAUAACCAUGCUGGUUGCACUUUUCCAUGCUGGUACAAUAAAAAUAAAAUAAAAAAAAGAUGGGAAAAAAGUGUCAUAAAAGUCGUAAAUCUUCUGUGCUAUAGACCUUAGUCAGGGUAGUGACAUGAUGGUAGGAAUGAAAACGAGGUUGCAAGGGAUAAAAGUACAGUGUGUUCAAUGGACUGUACUCUUUAUUUAAUAACAUCCAAAACACUUUAAGAAGACAACAACUUUUGAAAGUUGAGAGUUAUAAGAAUUCCACGUGAUCUAAGAACUUUAUACAGUGUGUGCCGUUUUGAAGACUGUAAGUCUAUCACUACAGCCUCGUUUUCAACCAUGUGUAUCCAAAAAGGAAUAUUCUGUUGUCAUUUACUCAUGUUAAUGUUGUUCCAAACUUGUAUGCAU